CCAGCCACUGUCGCAGCUACAGUGGCAUGUAGCGACCGAGGCUAUGGCGGCGGAACCUCGCCCGGAGACACUAGCGAGUGGAGGGCUGGAGAAUUCUUCUGGGAAGGAGAUCCCGCAUGCAAUGCCUCUGUCGUUUAUUGUUGGUCGCCAUCAACCGUGAUUGUCAUCGCCAUCACCUUCAGUUGAAACGCGUGGCUGGGUGAGGUUUUGGCAUCUGCUGUUACUUAUAAUGUGAUAAGUGUCGUUGAACAGCGGAGCUUGUCUCUGAUCUUCGUGACUGCCAUAGCCACUUUAUCUCGCAAUGGGUCGUGACGUUUGCUCGUCGUGUGCCCCGCGUGUUGCGUGGGGGAGCGAGAUGGAUGACUCUGUGGGGUAUGACACCUUCCGGUCGCAUAUCCAUGCCGCAGGGACCAUUGAUUCUAGAUUGGUAUGCUUGGACUCGAAGACUAGAUCCAAAGUGUCGGAGCUGUUUCUUCUCGGUGGUCCUGCGUGUGUAGACGUCGCGCUGCGUCUUCUUGUCCCCAGUUGUGGUGAGUUUGUGAGCAAGGCAUGCGGCGCGAAGGAGCGCAUGAGGAUUUACAACAAGGUCGCCGAUUUGGGAGGGUUGCGCGCUAUGCGCCUAGCUGCGAGCAUGGCGCGCGAUGCCACAACUACAGGGGCAUCUGCUUCCCCGACAUGGGGAAGCGGGGCUUGCUGCGACCACACAAGGUUAUUGUUGACGUCAUCAUCGGUACAUUGCUCUGCGCCUCUGCCUGAGUGCGUGGUAGAUGACGUGUCAAUGCCAUGGCCCGGAGGCAGAGGAGGCGUUGGUUGCAGGGGGGUUUGGGUCCUCCCUCACGACGAGAGGAAAAUGCUUUUGAGGGAGCUGCAUAGCCUCGGCGGCUCCGAAGCUCUUGAGAUCGGAGAGACCUUGACGCAGACAGCCUAUCGGCGCGGGAGAAAGGAGGCUAAUCAGCUGUAUGCCCGACUGUUCAAGGUGGCGGGGUACCGGGGUCUGCUGUCGGGAUCUCGAAUUGCUGAAGAUACCGAGUUUUGGCGUGAGUAUGAUUGCGCGCUCGAGCCGGGAUCUCCGGCCGCCGUUUGCGGCAAUGGCUGUUCCGCCCUUCCCGGCCCCAGACUGACCGCGUCUCAGCUCGCAAUUCAGCUUUUGCAGGGAUUGGAACGGGCUUGUGGAAGAGAGGUACGCCAGCGAGUGGAAGAGAUUCUUCUCGGAUCGGAGGAGGGCGGGAAUGAAAUGCUGCGGCAAAUGGUGGAGGGCCGGAAGGGUCCGUUGCACAACGCGGUUGAGAGGCUGGGACCCGGGAAAAUGUCGGACGACAUCAUCGGGUUGUGCUACGCUUUGUGGGCGAUGAAGCACACGGGCAGUCUGGUGGCCCGAGGCAGAUCUCAGCCCAGUAAUGCUUUGGCUGUGUACCAGGUCCGCUCGGGCGCUUCGGCAGCAGCUCAGCAGGGAAAGGCAGUGUGCAAGUGGACACAGCGCGGGCUCCUCAAUGAGCUAUACGUGUCAGGCGGGGUGAAGGCCUUGAAGGCGGGACAAAGACUGGUGGAGCUGCUGGCGAGCAAGAGGUGUGAGAUGCAGGUAGGCGUGAAGGGAUCGUGGAGGAGGCUGGGAGAGCUGGAGCGGAAGGCGGUUGCGGAGAUGGUACAGGAAGCAGGCGCAGUAGGCCUCAAAGUUGCCGACACGAUGAUCGAUUACUUCUGGUGGACUGUUGGUUGGCGCGCAGCUGCGGGCGACGGGAAGCACGUCACGGUGAAAGAAAAAAGCCGAACAUUCUGCAGAUGGACGGACCAAGCGAUCUGGGAGAUGCAUUUGAUGGGGAAAUUGGUGGUUUUGGGAGGUGUCCGAGCCAUGGAGGUCGGUCUGUCAUUGGUCGAGGAAGCCAGAACGACCCGCUACCCGCAGCGCCUCCAGUCGUUGAUGAAGUCGCUGGAAGAACUUGCGGGGAAAGGGAGUGUGCCGGUGGCAACCCAAUUGAUCGGUGGGCUGAAAAUGGGAGGGGACGCUGCCGAGCGCAUCUCGGAGGAAGAAUGGAGCGUGUUGAACGGCCUGAAAAUGCUUGGAGGCGAGUGCAUGUUCCAGCUAGGCAAAUUGCUCCUUCGCGGGCCGGACAAGUGCCCCCGCGAGAAGCAGAACGACAUUCUCUGCGAGAUUUAUCAAGCCGUCGGGCCAGUGGGCUUGGAAGCCGCCGAGUAUUUGCGAUCGAAGUCCGUCGACGCAAUGACGGACGACUCCGGUGGCGUGAGAGAAAGGUUGUGGGGCUGGGAGGUCACGAGGUGCGAGGAUGCCAGGAAGGAGAGUGCUAUAAGCGCCGGUGCAGGAUCGAGGAAGGAUUAUGAGAAGCUUGUCUCGAGGCUGCAUGAAGCUAAAGCCGAGGGUGGACGCGCCCUCUUGGAAACAGUUCUUUCUCUCCGCAAAGAAGAAGCCGAGGCUAUCGGCGACCACUGGCAUGUCCCGGAAAUGAUUCUGAAAUGGGCUUUCAAUCAACGGUGGGAGAUGGUGAGAGAGAUGAUUCUUCUCAAGGGUACCCCGGGAUGGACUGAGGCGCUAUCAGGCACCGUCUCCAUCAAGAGCCGUCAUAUCAGUCGUUCCGGAAGAAUCAUCCUCCAGAAAUUGGAAAUGUUCCGUCGGCGACAAGUCCGGCAGCUUCUCAAGCUUCUCCAGCUGGAGUAUCAAGUGGUUGUGUCCAGCUCCACCGUCGAUCUUCAGCUCGACAAAGAGGACUUCGCCGUCGAUGGCGAUACAGAAUGGUGUUCUGCGGGCAAGAGCAUCAUCGUAUUUAUCACAGGCAAGGACGCGGAAAUUGGUCCUGCCUGGUUCAACGAGAAAUUUAAGCAACUCGGAAACUGGGAGUUCGAACCCGCUGUCGUUUUCGACACGCACGUCUACGUGUAUCCGCUGAUGGUUUCCGUUAAAGGGUGGCAAAUGUCGUGGGAUCAUGAGAGGUGUCCUCCGCGCGACAGGCAUCGCUCUCUGUACGUGUCUUCUGGAAGAGCGUGGGACUCGGGUUCAGUGAUUUCUAAAGAUUUCAGAGAGCAGAAGGUGUGGGCUUUCGCCAGGCUCCGUCUCUUCUCGAAUAGUAAACAGUGGGACACUCUGGCGAGGAUAGUGGAGGAAGGUCUCAGCGUAGGCACGGCGCCUCGAGCACGUUUGCUUCUCGCCAUACGCAUUUUUGAUCUCGCUCGACUCAAGUGCGAGAGGUACGUGAGGAGCCUCGUGUCGAAAAUGGAGUCCUUCCUGCCCUGCAGACCCCAAUCGGGAUUGAUUGCGGAAGCGUUCAAGUUAUCUGCAGUGCAGCGCAGCAGUACUCGCACUUGCACGGAGAAGCUCUUGCUAUCGUCUUCUGCCUCGAGUUCGUCUUCGUCUUCUUCUUCAGAUGACUCGGGGGAUGAGGAAUGGAGGUUGCGUAUGCAGGAUGUCUUGAGGAAGGAGAAGGGCAAGAAGAAUUCAGAGGUAGUCGAAAAGCGUCAUCGUCAUGAGCACGAGCACGGUCGGCAGCGCUUUGCUGAUCGUCGGGGGGACCACUCUUCCGCAUCCAGCUCGGAUUCCUCUGAGGCUUCCUCUGAGUCUUCCUCUGAGUCCUCGUCUGAGUCUUCCUCUGACAGGGCCUCUGACAGGCGUCAUCGUAAAUCGCGUCGUCACGAGGUGAAGGUGCAUAAGAAGGUGCAGUCGAAGACGGUAACGGGUGAAGUUCGCCGGCAGCAGAAGACUUACGGUGCUGUCUCAGAUGACACUGAUGACCUGCAUGUGAAGACCGAAGCGAAAACGACCAGUGUAAAGGUGGAGAAGAAGGCAAAGCACGUGCGGCCGGCGGUUGACAGCAGCACCGAGAGCGAUGACGAUCGCAAGCAUCGCAAGCAGGUGAAGACUGUCGAGAAGAGCAAGAAGGAGACGAGUGACAAGCAAUCUCGCAAGGUUGGAGAAAGAGGGUAUGUCAGCUCCGGGCAGUUGACAAAGGAUAUGAAGCUGCAAGAAAGGGAGGAAGAGGUCGAAUAUGUCAGCUCCGGGGGAUAUGUCAGACCCGGACAGUUAACGAAGGACAUCAAGUUCAAAGGAGAGGAGGAGGGAGGGGUACGAUAUGUUGGCUCCGGAGGGUAUGUCAGACCCGGACAGCUAACGAAGGACAUCAAGCUGAAAGGAAGGGAGGAGGGAGGGGUGCAUCAUUUAACAAAGGAUAUCAAGCUGCAAGAAAGGGAGGAGGGAGAGGUCCAAUAUGUCAGCUCCGGGGGAUAUGUCAGAUCCGGGCAAUUAACAAAGGACAUUAAGCUAAAAGGAGAGGAGGAGGGAGGGGUACGAUAUGUUUGCUCCGGAGGGUAUGUCAGACCCGGACAAGUAACGAAGGACAUCAAGCUGAAAGAAAGGGAGGAGGGAGGGGUGCAUCAUGUCAGCUCCGGAGGGCAUGUGCGACCAGGGCAGUUAACAAAGGACAUCAAGCUGCAAGAAAGGGAGGAGGGAGAGGUCCAAUAUGUCAGCUCCGGGGAAUAUGUCAGCCCCGGGCAGUUAACGAAAGAUAUCAAGCUGAAAGGAAGAGAGAAGGGAGAGGUCCAAUAUGUCAGCUCCGGAGGAUAUGUCAGACCCGGCCAGUUAACGAAGGAUAUCAAGCUGAACGGAACGGAGAAGGGAGUGCGCAAGCAGGAAUAUAAAGGCAACGUGAACAUCGUCGAUGAAAGCACCUCCGUGGUUCACAGAAGUGAGGACGAAGCACAGCAGUCAGAGCACCAACACAAACAGAGCGAUGGGUUGCUGGAGGACUACGAGGGGUACAAGAAGCACGGACACACGGAGGUAAAGAAGGAUGUUCGCGAGGAGCACAUCGAAACGGAGGACCACAUGAUCUGCGACGACAAGGAAUACAAGCAUUCGGUGCACCGCAAAGGAACCAAGGAGAUGACCACAACGAUGAGGAAAAUGCGGCGGUCCGAUUCGGAGGACGAAUGGACAGAGAUUUCCGAUGGGUACGGGCACAUGAGGCGAGUGAGGAGGACGACGGCAACGCGACAAGUUAAGCACCAUGACUCAGAGGUCGACAGUGAGGAUGAGUCGAUGGUCUCCAUAUGGCGUAAACGACAGGAGAGCUCGACCGUCAAGAAGGAGAGCUCGACCGGCAAGAAGGACAGCUCAUACGAGCACACGAAGGAGGGCAGCCAUGUGGAAAAGAAGAGAGAGGAGAAGACCCUUGUGGAAAAGAAGCAAGAGGAGAAGACCCAUGUGGAAAAGAAGAAAGAGGAGGACACAAAAGAGGGGAAGAAGGAAGACAAGAAAGAAUUGAGGAAAGUUGUGGAAGGAUUCUCCGAGGAUGAAUGGACUGAGGUGUCGGACGGGCACGGCGGGAAGAAACGUGUCCAUAGGACGGUAACGACAAGGAGGCGACGGAAGAGCAGCGGUGCUGGUUCCGAUGAGGACAGUGAAUAUGGAGUUCGGACUACAAGACGAGAAAAGCGGGAGAAGCACUCGAAGGAGAGCAAGGAGAGUAAACAGAGUAAAGGGAGCAAGGAAAGCAAGGAGAGUUCGCAUAAGAUUUCGAAAGAGGUAAAGGUGAAAAGAGAGGAGAAGAAAGAGGAGAAGGAGAAGAAGGAGAAGAAAGAGAAGAAAGAGAAGGAUCACAGCGGGAGUUCUUCCGAGGAUGAGUGGACUGAAGUUUCGGAUGGGUGUGGAGGAAAGAAACGUGUUCGGAGGACAACAAGGACUAGGUGCCGGAAGCAUAGGGGGUCGGGUUCCGAGGAUGGAAGCGACUACGAAGCUUGGGUCAUUAAAAGGCGAACGAGAAUGGAGGAACACGAGGGGCACGAAAGCGGCGAGAGUAGGGAGACCAGCAAGAAGAUGACCAAGGAAGAGAAGAGAAUUGCCCACGACAGGAAGAGGGCGGAAGUAGAUAGACACCACGCCGAGAUUAAGAAAAAACAUGAGGAGAAGAGAGAGGAGGUGGACAGGCGACAUGCGGAGAAGGCAUCACGGAAGGAGGAACACAAGUCCGAAGAGAUGCACAAGUCGGCGGAGCACAAAGAUGAGCACAGGGAGUGCAAGUCACACAAGUCCGAAGAGAAACACAAGUCGACGGGGCACAAAGAGGAGCACAGGGAGCACAAGUCCAAGGAGGAGCACAAGUCCAGGGAGGAGGAGCACAAGUCCAAGGAGGAGCACAAGUCCAAGGAGCACAAGGAGUACAAGGAGGGCAAUACCAAGGAUGAGUGCAAGGAGCACAAGUCCAAGGAGCACAAGGAGGAGCACAAGUCCAAGGAGCACAAGGAGGAGCACAAGUCCAAGGAGCACAAGGAGGAGCACAAGUCCAAGGAGCACAAGGAUUACAAGGAGUGCAAGUCCAAGGAGCACAAGGAGGUGCACAAGUCCGAGUGCAAGGAGCAGCACAAGGAGCACACGUCCAAGGAGCACAAGGAGGAGCAUGAGGAGCACAAGUCGAAGGACCACAAGUCGAAGGACCACAAGUCGGAGGAGCACAUGUCGAAGGAGCACAUGUCGAAGGAGCACAAGGCGAAGGAGCACAAGUCUAAGGAGCAGAAGGCCUCUUCCUCGUCGGAGCAGAAGGCCUCUUCCUCGUCGGAGCAGAAGGCCUCUUCCUCGUCGGAGCAGAAGGCCUCUUCCUCGUCGGAGCACAAGUCCAGCUCUUCAUCGCACGAGAAGAGCUCAAGCUCGGGUUCUAAAUGCAGUUCAUCUUCAGCCAGCAAGGAGAACUUUGAGAAGAGUUCGGGCUCAGCCUCGAAGUCAAGUUCGUCUUCAGAAAAGAAGUCAAGCUCAAGUUCUCAAGAGAAGAGUUCGAAAUCCAGUUCGUCUUCAGGAGGCAAACAAACUUCUUCGGUAACAUACAGUGAGGAGGUCAAGGAGGAAAGGGUAAAGAAAAGCGGUGGUGGCAAGAAACACUCAAGCAAGGGUCAGGAAGAAGAAGAGUGGGAGGAGGAGGUCAUUGUGACCGAGGAGGUUGUUGACGACUACUAUGUGCCAGGCGGCGUGCCGUCUGAACAACAUUUCUGGGAGGUCGAUCAGCACUGCGUAGAGGUUAGCGAAGUGACGGCCAUGGCGGCAGCCGGCGGGUCAUCGGCGAGCCAUUAUUUUGAUCAGAGUUCCGACUACCAGCUUGACCACUCCUACUCCGCGCAGCCGUACCAAAGUCAAUACACGCAGCUUGACAAAAGGGCAGGGGACUUCUUGCAACCACGCAUCAUUCCAUUUAGUGCUACUGCUAGGCCGGAAAAUACGAGCUGGUUGCCGCACAGGGAGGAGGGGGAGGUGGUGGCGACAGUCACCAUUAAGCGGGAGGGCGAGCAGCGGGGAAUUCGCCAGAAGCAUGCUCACAGCAAGAAUAUAGACAAGGAUGGCAAGUCUAUUUCCCUGCAUCGUGUGCGUCGGAAAGGAGGCCGGUCUCAUGACAGCCCGGCUCACCAGUACAGCACGAUGGUCACUUACUGGUGGGAGCGGCCGCUGAAGAAUGGCUGGGAGAUGAUGCAGGAGCUCUCGAAGGAGGUGGCCGACUUAGUUCUUUCGCGCCGCUCUCAUUUAUCCAGUCAGCCGAUCCUCGACAGCGAGGCUGUGUCUGCAGAUGUGCUCGCAUGGACAGUCCAUCGCCUAUAUGAGGAAGUGUUGCGCGAUGGCAUUUCGCCUGUUCGGAAGGAGCUCUCGCAGUACGAGGAGCUUCUCGCAGCUCUCUGCUCCAAGUCGUCCGAUGGACGUGACGUCAAGAAAGCUCUCGUGGUUGCGAAAGAUCUUAUUGGCGAGUCCUCAAGCUGGAGCGCCUCCCAAGACAACUGUUCCACAAAGUCGCAGAGAAAGUAUCUUGCUGCGUCGCUGGUCAAGAAGCGGGCGGAGAACAUGGUUGAGCUACAUGGGAGAGUGACAGAAGCUCUCUGGCUUGCCAAUUCCACCGAUGUCAGUUUCGAGGAAAUGUACGAUGCUCUGGAUCUCUCCAAGGAUCAACUAGCUAGCGUCUGUAUUGCGGAAAAGGAACUGGCUUUCAUCACAAACAUCUCAGAGUUUCUGAAGGAGGCCACAAAGCACCGCUCGUCGCUUGCAUGCACUCUGAUGGAGGGAGGGAAGCACAUUCUGGCUGCUAUCCAGGCUAUUGCGGACGUCAAGUUCCGAAAGCUACGAGUACGGAAACAACUCCCACGCCGUGCCCUGAGUUUGUAUCGUGUAAUCAGGAAGAUCGAGCGGAAGGUGGAAUCGGGAGACGUGGACGGUUACCUUCAGGUUGUGAAGGAACAUGCUCGUGACAAACUCGCGAAGAGGAGGCGGCCCCGUCAGCAGAAGGAAAAGAUGAGAAAGAAGGAAAAAGAGUGUAAGCGGAAGUCGCACCGAUUGAAGCAUGUUUCGUCGUCUGAUUAUUCUUUCUCUGAUUCGGAGGAAACGAGUAGCAGCAUUCUCUCGUUGACGAGCUCUUCCCGUUCUGGUUCCUUCUCAGGUUGCUCCUCUGACUGUUGUUAUUCUGAUGGGAAAAGAAGAAGCCGUCAUCGUCGCCACCGCAUUGGCAGGCGCCCUCAUUACUGCUCGGAACGAGAGCACUGGUCGUCCUCUCUUGACUCCGACCAUAGCAUUCACGCGAGCAGUGACACUGAUUGGUUGUCUGCUGACGAGUCAUUGAGAUGUUGGUCGACCUUGAGCUCCGAUGAAGGAUGCGUGCUUGUUCCAGACGAGGAGAAAGGAAGGCACGUACUGGAGACAAAGGUCAUGCAUGUCGACGCUGUCAUCCGGGAAACUCUCAAAUGCUUGUUCUCCGACGUGUGCAAGAGUGAUGCGAACGCUUUGAGCUGGAAGAACGACCUCAACUGGCAGGUGCGCAUGCAAACAUGGCUUCGAAUCAGCUGGGAUGUCGUGCGAAAGAUUGCUCCAGCCAUCAAAGAGGGAGAGCUGAGGAGUCUUCUCAAUACAUGGGGUCUGAAGGACAAACUGUCCGAAGCGCAGGUCGUAGAGAUCUGUGCCUUGAAGCACCUUAAGAAGGUUGCUGAAUUGCCCACGAAGCUGUUCGAGCCACAGGGUCGACGAUCUCCUUGCGAAGACGAGGCGGUGGACCCGCGGGUGGACUGGAUUGUUCAGGAUGUCUGGCGGCUUGCCAUGGGAGUGACAGCGUGGUUCGAAGAUCUUGCUGAAGAAAACUGGGGCUGGUUGUGAUCAGGACGUCCCAACCAACAGCUCCCCGUCGCAUUUGAGCAAUGGGCAGAAAGGGGACGUUCUCGUGGUUCGACAAGCGUGGCCUACCUCUAUGCGAUUCAGAAGCCGUUCCAUUUCUACAGUCCGGAUAAUGAAUAUCUGUACAUGGA